GUCACUGUCCCGGCAAAUCGUGCUGAUUCAUUCAGCGAAUGAUCUUGUAGUCUUCUCCAGUUGCAGAUCCAAGGAGGGGAGGAUAACUAGGCAAGCAUACUGAAGAACUCACAACAUGAACAACACCGCGCACGGCGGAGCAGGGAUGCUUCCUUGGUCGUCGGCCCGCCCUGCAGGUGCCGCGGCCUUGACGGCGCCGCAGCUGAGGCAGAUGAGGGCGCAGUGCCUCGUCUUCCUCGCCUUCAAGAACCAGAUGGAGCCCAGGAAGCGGCACCUCGAGGUCGCGCUCGGUGAGGAUGAGAUCGACGGAGCCGGCUGCCACGGCGAGACGACGACGACGACGAGCUCGCCUUCUCAAGCCUCGUCGUCCUCUGCCGCACCGUUGCCGCUGCCACACCUCCUGCCCAUCUCCUCGCUGCGGCUGUCCCCGCCCGUGACGGAGCAGGAGCAGGAGCAGGAGCAGGAGAAUCGCCACCGCAACGACGACCCGGAAGCAGAACAUGAGUAAUUGAUGGUUGUAUCCUCUUUCUCCCCACGACUGGGCCAUCGACCAAAAAUGAAUGAGAGGCUCCUUUUGGAUACAAAGUGUUGUUCUCAUACAUACCUAUAACAACUUUGAUUAGCCUUCUCAUACACACACACAUAUAAACUUUGGUUAGCUUUGUAGCUCAUUAGUUUUGUGUUUUGUCGCAUCUUUGUAGGUCUUUGUGCGUUGUGUAUAUCUAGCGAGGAGAUGCAAACAAACGACAUAUCUGUUAAAAUCUUUAUAUGUACAAGAUAUUGAUUAGCUAAGCCGAAUUGUGUA